AUGAGCAGUUCGAGCCAUUUUCACCAGCAAGCCCUCUCGAGGCCGUCGACAGGCUCAAAUCGUCUGCGGGCAUCUCGUGUGGUAUUAAAGGCGAAGGAACGCAUCCCUUGGGAUCCUUCAGGCCACCUCUUCCUCCUCACUAUCGCCCAAACAAGAUCAGGACAUCUCUCGUUUAAUCUGCACCAGGGUAGAUCAGGUUCGAGCACCCCUCGACACGAUCGCUUUGCAUUGCCCUACCCUGAAGUCGAAACGACCAAGCCCCUCUACUGCACUCCCCAUCGGCGCGCUCGUACCGAGUCCUUACCUUUCACCAUGGCCACUUUCAAGGCAGCCAUCCUCGUCGCCCUAGUGCUCUGGUGCCUCCAAGCUUUGACCGUCAGCGCCACGACGCCUGACAAUAUCUUCGAGGGAAAACGAAGCAUCGCACCCAGCCGGCGUCACCGAGGGGCUGCAAAGUCGGGCUUCGAUCGCCGACUCAUGAUGGGCGGUAUGAUGCCUGGCAUGAUGGGCGGCGGGGGCGGCUUCCCAGGUAUGGGCGGCGGGGGCGGCUUCCCAGGUAUGGGCGGCGGGGGCGGCCUACCUGGGCUCGGUGCUGGCGGCGGGGGAGGAGGCUUGUCCAACUUAAUGGGCGGCCUGGGAGGGGCGGGCGGCGGCGAUGCCGGGAGCAGCACUGCAGGUGCCGGUGGUACUUCUGGCGGCCCCUCUCCCGGCAGUGCUCCUGUACCCGCCUCCAAGGCUGCGGUUGUUCCGGUUGGCGGCACUGGCGCUGCUCCCCCUACGGGUGGUAGCGGUACCGCUUCUCCCGCCGCUGCCGGCAGCACUACCCCCGCACCUCUGCUAGUGGCAAAACGUCCCUGCUGCUGA